AUGGCUGCUGCUAUGUUCAGGAUUUUCAAGAACAAAUGGAUCACACCACCAAAAGAAGUCCACGAAGACUAUACCGGAAGGAACGUUAUUGUCACAGGUGCGAGUUCCGGGAUCGGUGUAGAGGCGGUCUUCAAGUUUGCAAAACUGGGUGCCGCCAAAGUUAUCAUCGCAGUACGGGAUUUGAAGAGAGGCGAACUGGCAAAGUCUGCUUUGGAGGCUCGCCUAGGAUGUCGUGAUCAGCUGGAAGUCUGGGAAUUAGACAUGAUGUCCUAUGACAGCGUAGAGGCCUUCGCAAACCGCGCAAAUGAGCUUGACCAUCUGGACAUAGCAGUGUUGAAUGCCGGCACUCGACGUGUCAAGUUCAUACAGUCAAAACAUGGAUGGGAGGAAGAUAUACAAGUCAACACACUGUCUACGACCCUAUUGGCCAUUUUGCUUCUACCAAAACUCAAAGAAUCGAAACAACACACUGGUAAAAUUCCAAUUCUUGAAUUUGUCAACUCUGGCCAGCACCAGAACGCCGUUGUCGCGCCCGAAGUUCGUCAAAAGCCCAGCGUACUUGACCAUUACAACAAGAAAGAAAACCACAAGGAGGGAAGCCAGUACAGCUUCUCCAAAGUCUUCCUCAUGUACGCGACAAAGAAGCUUGCCGACGAAAUAUCGUCAGGCGAUGUCAUCAUUACCAGCGUCUGCCCUGGUUGGGUCAAUACCGACCUAGGCCGCGAUCAUUUCUUCCCUGGUGUACACAUAUUGGCUUUCUUCUUCAUCUUUUUGUUCAUGAGAACAUCUGCUGUUGCAGCAAAUAUGGUGUUAAGUGGGACGACACAGGGUGAAGGUUUGCACGGAAGGUUUUGGCAACACGAUAAGAUUCAGCCGAACGGACCGAGCUUGACAGGGCCAGAGAUGAAGGAGCUGAGUGCGAGAAUGUGGGUUGAGAUUUUGGAUGCAUUGGACAAGGAUGUGGCAGGUGUGAACAAGGCAGUCGACGCGGCGCUAUCGAAGCAGCGAAAGUUAGUGUAG